AUGGGUAUUGUCAUCAACGGAAGUUGCGACGAGAGGUUUCAAGCAGUGGCGACCCAACUCGAGGAUUUCAUAAUCUCUGGAAAAGAGCUGGGCGCAUCUGUGGCAGUGAAUCUCGAUGGACAGGAGGUCGUCAACAUUUGGGGAGGAUUUGCGGAUGCGGAGAAGACCAAGCCGUGGGAAAAAGACACCAUCAGCUGCAUUUUUUCAACUACGAAGACGAUAUCAGCACUGGCCAUACUCAAGCUUGCUGAUCAGGGCCUACUCGAGGUGGAUGAGAAAGUCUCGAAAUACUGGCCCGAAUUUGCCGCCAAUGGGAAAGAAGACAUCAGAGUGCGCCAUGUCUUGUCUCAUACUUGUGCUUUACCUGGAUGGCACAAGAAGGUUUCUCUAGAGGAUGUUUGUGACCCCGAGAAAACCACACCUUUACUGGCAGAAGAUGCCCCGUGGUGGGAACCUGGCACAGCGUCAGGUUAUCACUCUCUCACGCUUGGGCCGCUAAUCGGAGAGCUAGUCCGUCGAGUGUCUGGAAAAUCACUUAAAUCCUUCAUUGCAGAAGACAUCGCACAACCCCUUGAGGCUGACUUUCAGCUCGGGGUUCUUGAGGAGGAUCUUCCUCGCGUGUCCUCAGUUAUCCCGCCGCCCCAGGAGCUCUCUCCUCCCGGCCCUGAUGUUGCAAACGAACCAUUGUCCAUUUUUGCCAAAGUGUUCUUCAAUCCACCCAUGCAUGCAGCUUUUGCCAACACCGACAUCUUCAGACGAUCAGAGUGGGGUGCCGGCAAUGGUCAUAGCAAUGCUGCGGCCAUCGCUCGGAUCAUGUCGGUCGUUUCGCUCAAUGGCAAAGUGGGCGAGAGGGAAUUUUUGUCUCCCAAAACUAUUGACCACAUUUUCCGUGAGCAAGCGUUUGGCAAAGAUCUAGUGUUGAAUGCUCCAAUUUGCUGGGGGAUCGGGUACGCACUGCCCAGGAAGGACACCAUACUCGAAUGGUUGCCCAUCGACAGACGUGUCUGUACUUGGGGCGGAUAUGGCGGGUCGUUUGUCAUAAUGGACCUAGAUCGUCGGUUGACGAUUGCGUACGUGAUGAACAAGAUGAGUGCAGUGGGUAUCGGCUCCGAAACGGGAAAGGCAUAUGUAUCUGCAGUGUACAAAGCAAUUGGGGAGGAAGGAUUCUGA